CAUGAUACCAGGCAUAUUAUACAUUCCUUAUUGCUAAUGCAUACAACUUCAUGACUAGACAAUAAAACAAUGCCUGAAGUUAUAAAGUUUAUGCCAAAUUCACACGAAAAAGAGAAAGGCUCCGGUUCAGCGGAAACGAUACCUGUGCUGUGAAAAUGUUUGAUAAUUACAACGCAGCAGGCGAUUUUCGAUGUCAAUAUGAGCCGAAAGAACAUGAAGAAAAUACGCAACAAGCUAACGCAAUCCGAAAGAACUGCGUGCAAAUUUCGAUACAUUGUCACAUACGAGUAUUUGGAAGUGAAGUCCGUGGAAGAAUGGGAGCCUACGGAGUUAAAUGUACUUUGGUUUCGGGGACACAGGACUAAAUCCUCAGCAAAGCCAACAUGGUCUACCAACAUUCCAAACAACAUGACCAAGAUAACAACUUGUACAUCGAAAUGGAUUCCGCCAAAUUCCGUCGACCUUAUCGUCACUCUAUACAAAGACUCAACAGGAAAAUCAUUCAAGAAAAAGGACUACAUGUUUGUAAUGGAAGACAUUUGCGGAACGAAGCGAAAGAAGUUGGCAUUAUUUCCAUGCAAUCUUGCCACGUAUGUCAGUGUGGACGGCGAAAUACAUGAUCUGGAGUUCGAAUUCAAAUCCUUAUCAAAGAAAGUAAAGUCCGCUAAAUGCGGAUUAAAGAUUAGAUGUGAGUUCAUCAAGGAAGGCAGUGCAAUAGAUGACGAUAUACAAAGUAACUUCAGUCACAUGAGUGAGGCCGAAGAAUUCUCGAGAAUGUCCGAACUUGCCGAAGUAAGUGAUGAAGAUGAUAACAAAAGUUAUGAUGACUUACCGAAGGAGGACACCAAUGAAAUGGUAAUUCGAGACGAGACUGAACCGCGCCCAAAUGAAGAAAUGCCUGGGCAAAAUGAAGAUACGUUCGCCUCAGAUGUAAACCUUACGAAGACAAAAAUGUCCAAACCUUGGUCAAAGUUUGUCGCCGAUAUGAAUACGUUCGAAUGGUUGAGAAGUCCGCUUUCUUCAAAUUCGAAGAAGAAACGUAUGGCAGAGCAGCUAAAAGAGAAGGCUGAGAUGAAAGAAAAUAUCCCCGAAACGACAAACACGGAAAGCUUCGACCUUCCCAAUUCCCAGGACAAACAGUUGAUAAAAGCAAAAAGUAUGGAUUGCCUUGACGCGAGUGACGAGCAUGGCGGGAACGAUGACGCAUACAAGAACAAUACAUUCAAAGGAUCUACUCUUUCCUUGUUCAGCGAAAAAUCGCAAAACGGUUUUAGAACUUCGAUUAAAGAAACGUUUAAAAAUGUGACGAGCAAAACCUCGAAGCUCAAUCCAUUGGGUCCGUCGACAGACGAAUGGAAGGACAUGGAGGCAAAAUUACAAGAAAAAACAAAUCAGAUAUGGAACCUGGAACAAGAAAGCAAACGCUUAUCAUGUGAUAACAGAGAGCUGCUCGCGGAAAACAAUAAACUACAGGACGACAUUAUCAAACUACAAAAUCAAAGAGACGAAAUGCAAACGGAGAUCGGUGAAUUACAAAUACUCGUUGAAGAUUUAAAAGUACGAUUGAGCCAAUCGGAAGCCGAACACAAACAGCUAAGGAAAGACGGGCAGGAAUUAUUAGCAAUGAUGAAUCUACGAGGUUGGCUAUGCAAACGCGGAGUGAAAGGCCCGACAGGUCGCCAGUGGAGAAGAAGAUGGUUCGCAACAGAUGAAAGCGGAAAGUUGUAUUACUACAAGCAGAACAAUAACUCCACACCACAAGGGUUUAUUGAUCUCGACAAAAUAAUUGAAGUAGGAAAUCAAUUAGACGAAAGACAAGACAAAAACCAAGCUUCUUUUUAUGUCGUCGUCGGCAAGAGAAAGUACGAAUUCUUGGCAAGAGACAGCGAGGAAAAACAGAAAUGGAUCAAUGCGUUAGAUUACCUCAGACAUUGGCGAAGCCACACAUCCAACAUUUCGAAGAAUGAUGUAAGACUUGACGAAAGCGAUGCGCUCAACCCGUUUCUCAAUCCUGAAAUAAAUUAGUUUUUGCGAUAAUUAAGCAUUAGUUCAUUACUAUCCACGUCGGACCAGAAAUAACCCCAUAAGAUCUCAUGUAUACCUUACUGGUUUUACUGUAGGUUUAAAUGUUUCCUCGCAAUGCAUUCAAACGCCGUCAUGAUUAGUAAUUAGCUAGGUAUACGUUUAACAUUUAUGCAAAUUAAUGCCUUUACGACAAACAAUGUUUUAUUAAUACGUAUUAUUUAAUAUUUAUUGUGCAAA